GCUGGUCUUAGCGCACAUCCAAAAUGAAGACUACAUAGUGGCCACCCCGGACCAAGACGUUCACUACGAAGAACUGUCCUUGCUCAAUGCUGACCUCCGGGGGAUUCGAGUGAAGCCGUCUCCACAUGCACUCCCUCCUGGCAUUCUUCCUGCACAGGUGUACCCCUUGCCACCCUUUACACCGGUGGAAAUGGCAGCACUGAGGUUGGAAGCUCAACGAGUCCUGGCGGUUGAGAGGACGGCGCGUGGUCUCCUUGAUGGGCCGGCGGCUGCUGUUGUUGCAGAUGCGGGAGGGCUUCACGCUGGAACCUUGUACUGGGUGGCUGCUGAGAAGGUAGGUUCAGUCAAGUUCGGAGAUGUUGUUCAGCAUGUCGCAGCAAUUCAGGCAGAUGGUGCCAAGGCAGUGCAUGUUUUACCUGACGGGGCCUCGAUUUUUGUGCAAUGCAUUGAUGGGGGACAACACAAGAAAUUCAUGCAAAGGGCAUCAGGCUAUGAUCCAAGGAUUGUUGGGCAGGAAUAUGAUGCUUUGGGAAAGCCAGAAUGUUCCCUCAAAGAUGUGUCGGCAAAGUUUGAGGAGAUUAGCAUGCAGUGGAAUCUCACCGGACCUCGUACUAGCAGAUGGUGCAUCUCAUACUUGGUUGUUGAAGGGUUGGGUUUUGAGGGCCAUCAUGAACGUUUCAGACAACUUUGCAAGAUUGAGGCAUCGUCUUGGGGGGUUCAGGAGCACUAUCAGCUGAGCAUGAUUGCAAAACAUGCGUUGCAGACAGACCAGCUUGAUGGGUACAACAAUCUCUGCCUCGAAGUUGUGUUUAGGCGGCUCCAGACAAUUGAAUACGCCUAUGCAGAGCGGGCCCGGGAGUUUGAGUCAAAGGCAGUUGGGGGUCGUUUGUCCUUGGAGGAGCAAAGCACUUUUGGGGGCAUCACACGGCAAGCUGCGACAUUGAUGGUGUGUCCUCAGCUUCUGGACCAUGUCAAAUCAGAGGUUGAGCGUGAUGCAACAUUGGCGAAGAAUCUCCGCAAGGCUCGCGAGGAGAGAGAGUUGGCCCGGAAGGCCAGUGGCAAGAAGAAAGCAGGUGAAGACGCAAGACGCCGAGCACUGACCAUCCACCAUCAGGAGGAGGAGGCAAACAAUACAAUACAGGCCUUGAAUUUGAUGUAUGGGUGCAAUUCUUCAUACAGACCGCUGAUUUCUCUUGAUGAGAACUUGGUUGGGAUUGCAGCUGCACAGUACGACAGUUUAGAAUUCAUUCAGAAGAAAGUCAUCGACAUGGGAAAGCCACCAGAUGACUUGAAUGGCCCAGGGGCUCUUUCAAUGCUCCGGGCCGCCAAUGGCUACGGUGAUGACCAGCCCGUAGGUUCAUUGGCUUCGUUCAACAUCGAAGCUGUCUCCAUGCCCGAGGCGGGUUGGGUUCCCGUGGACCUGGCCACAUUGUGGGGCAGCGACGGUCAGAGGAAAGUUGACGAUUUUGUUUCGCAUCAAGUGCUGCCACCGGAGAAAGCGAAGAUCAAACUGGAGGCUUGCGGGGUCAGAGCACCUUACUCGGAUCCUUUGUUGCGGCAGGGUCGUGUGUAUCACCAGUUCCUACACAAGUUGCAUGAGUCACAUUUGAUUGACUACAGUUUGUCCCCUGGCAUAGAGAAGAUAGCUUUCUUUUGCGUGACCAAGAAAUCUGGCAAACUACGGCUCAUUGUGGAUGCUCGCAGGUCCAAUGCACAUUUUGAGGAACCUUCACAUGUCUCUCUUACAACGGGAGAUGGUUUGGGAGCCCUUGAAUUUGAAAGAGAUGCGCAGGUCACCAUAGCGCAAGCAGAUUUGAAGGACGCCUUUUACCACUUAGCAAUGCCUGAGCGGUUGCGGGAUUACUUCACCCUCACACCGGUGAAGGCUGGCGACAUGGGCAUCAAAACACUGCAUGGACAGACGCUCAAACAAAACCAGAGGAUCACUCCAAGGCUGGCGGUGGUCGCAAUGGGAUGGACAUGGGCAUUACAUUUGUGUCAGAGCAUUCAUGAGUCAUUAGCAGAGUCAGCUGGUCUCGCAGAGGAGGCUCGCAUCCGUGAUCGACAACCACCCCCACAUACAGCAUGUUGCCACACCCAGUAUGUUGACAACCUCAUCGUGAUCGGCAGUCAGUCACAAGCUGUCCUCGAGGCUUACCAUAAGGCCACCGAGAAGCUGAAGGCUGCAGGGCUGCAGGUUCAUGAGGAGGAGUGUGAAAAAGGUGGCAAGGUGCUUGGGUGGGAGAUCACCUCGGACGCCCUGUUUCAGCCGUCUCGAAGCAGGGCCUGGAAGGUGCGACUGGCGGUGCGACAGCUCCUGGCCAGAGGACGUUGCACAGGUUCCUUGAUGGAAAAGUUGGUAGCCUCCGUCUCGAAACAGUGCCUCUCUCAUUACAAGCGUUGUUGGGCCUCAGUGAAACAAAGACUGUUGACAAAGCAUGGCAAACUCAAGCCACCGAGAACAGUGGACAACAUCCUCUGCCAAGAGCUGGACAAACUAUACCACGAUGGAGAGGACAUCAGUUCAGCCCAGUAUCUAGUGGCGGCAGUUGUUUUCUUCAACAGUUCGUUGAGAGCACCGGCAAUGCAGAAGCUCCCAAAAGUGAAGCAAUCUCUGAAGGGUUGGAGGAAGAUGGCUCCACAACGGAGCCGGCUGCCAAUCCCCUGGGAGGUGUGCGCUUUACUGAUUCAAUGGGCAGUCGACAGACGUUUGGUGGGAAUAGCGAUCCACAUGGGGCUGAUGUUUCUGCUUUAUCUCCGACCCAGCGAAGCCUUGAGAAUCAGGGCGGGCGACCUGAUUCCUCCACUCUCCAAAGCAAAGGGAGGAUACCAGAAGUGGACAGUCGUGCUGCGUCCGGAAGAGGUGGGCAUCGCCUCGAAGACACUGGAGUUCGACGAGUCCCUUCAGCUCGACCUGGAAUAUCACCAAGGUUUGGGAGAAGCAGUGCAGAGAUACUGUCAGAACCAUCACAUCGCCAAGAAACGAUGCAUCCUCAGUCACGACAAUGCAGAACUAGUGGACCAUUUGCAAACAGCACAAGAGGAGUUGAACCUGACAGCAAUUCGUGCCAUCCACCCCUACCGAUUUCGACAUGGGGGGGCUUCGCACGACUUCGUGAGUGGGCAACGCGACCUGCCAUCCAUCCAGCAGAGAGGACGCUGGAAAAGCCAAGCCUCGGUGAGACGCUACCAGAAGGGCGCCAGAUUGACACAAGUUUUUGGCGCUCUCCCAAAAGAAGUUCAACAAAGGGCCAUGGACGCUGCGGCAAACAUGUCGAGCAUUUGGCUGAGGGUGCGCUAG